AAUCUGGGGGCGGGGCUCAGCAGGCUUUGGAGGACGGUUGGGAAACCAAGGAAACGGAACGCUAUGGGGGAAGCGGGAGGCGGUUAUUGUGUCUGCUGAGCAGGGCGGCUGGUCGGUGUGGAGCGGGCUUCAUAGCAGCCGAGCAUAAGUUAAAAGAGAAAGAUGAUUGAUUCUGUAAGAAUACGCCGUCAAGGGGCCAUGGACUUCAGAUCACAUUAUGACUACUUAUGUGUCUUACAAGACUCUGUUCCUUUACAAGCUGUGAAAACCAAUCUCCAACGAGGAACCCUCAGCUUUAAUGCAGACAGAGUAAAAUUAUCAGAUUGGCCACCCAUUCUUAAUACUCUCAAAAUUAACAAAAGUUUGACGUGUGUUGCUAUUAAAAGCUGCCAUCAACCCGGACUUGGAGAGUCAGAGUCUGAUAAAUAUGGAGUCCACUUUCGAAGACGAAUCCCAUCUAUCCGAUCUAAAGACAUGACCUUUCAACUAUGUAAAGCUCUUGCAGCCUGUUUGACUGUGUCCAGUUCUUUAAAACAGUUGGAGCUCCAUGGACUUCCUUUAAGGGAAAGAGAUUUAAUCAUCUUAGCAAAGGGCUUGGCUGCCUCGUCAUCCUUGGAGAGCUUGGCGUUACCAUAUUGUUCAUGUGGAGAUGAAGGUCUGAAAAUAAUUUGCAAAAGUGUGAAGAAUUCACCGACAAUCAUAGUAAUAGAUUUCACUGGAUGUAAUUUGACAUGGCAUGGAGCAGAAUGGAUCGCAAGUAUUUUAAAGCAUCAGGCAACAAGAAGGCACAGUGAGGCUUGGGCAGAAAGCUUAAGAUAUAGGCGACCUGAUCUUGACUGCAUGGCUGGAUUGAGACGAAUCUCCUUGAAUUGUAAUACACUUAUUGGAGAUAAAGGAGCAAAGGCAAUAGCAGAUGUACUUGGAGAGGACCUGUGGUUGAAAGCAUUAGACAUGCGUCAGUGUGGAAUAUCCAAUGAGGGUGCAACAGCAUUUCUUCACACGCUGCAAACGAAUACAACUCUGAUUGUCUUGGAUAUAAGAAAAAACCCUCUUAUUGACCAUUCGUUGCUCAAGACUGUUAUUGAAAGAGUACUUUUGAAUGCCCAUGACACAAAUUCUGAGUACAAAUGGUUUACUUCACCAUCUUCAAAGGAAGGGACUAAAAUGAAACGGUCAACAACUCUAAGAAAUGGACUAAAGGGAAAGAACACAAUCCGCAUUGGGUUUUGCACUAAAAAGACAGUUUCUGGAAGAAAAAGUACACCCAAAGAAUUAUAUGCACCUGAACCAAAGACUCCAGGAGAGCAAGGAUUCCUACCUUGGAGAACUGCAGAAAGAGCAAACAGACACAGGGAAAUGCUGUCAGACUCUACUCCUGAACGGAAAGGAACCCCGUUAAAAGUCUCCAUUCAUAGUGAAAGCUUCUCAAACAGUGAUGAUUCAGACAUUUCCUCAGACCUCAUUAUUCAAGAGCCUGCUGUGUGUGAGGUACUCAAUAAAAGCUGUGUGAAGAACUACAAGCGUUUGCAGGUUGCAUUGCAGGAAUGCCAAAUGAGGUUGGAGAAAGAAAGAAAAACAAGAUUAAGAGCUGAUGACAGGAUAAUGGAGCUGGAAGUUGAAAAUACUCGUUUACGACAAAUAAAUCAAACCUUUUCGGAGGCACUUGAAGCACGAAAUGUAACUUCUGUUCUCCUUGAGGAUGAAGGUGUUCUUGACAGCAUUGAAAAAUCGUUCAACAAAUUCCAUGCUUUCCUGGAUCUUUUAAAAGAUGCAGGGUUGGGACAGCUUGCUAGUUUGGCUGGCAUUGAUCAGUCAGACUUUGCCAUACCUGGAGAUCCUCAGUUGUCCUCUACAAUUGCAAGAGCUCAGCAACCUUCAUCUGAGAUAUUCCAGAAUCUACAAAAAACCUAUCUGGUUGAUCAGGCUGACUGCAGAGAAAAUAUACUUUCUCCCCCAGAUUCUUUAGGGAGAUCUUAUACAGCAGAUGUAACAGCUAACCCUCCACCAUGUGUAUCUGAUGAAAUUCAUGUCACCAGUGAGAUGAGCAAAGGAGAAAUGGGUUUUGAUCUUUCUACAAAGGAUGUAGAGACCUGCAAGAACAGCAUCACUGCCUCUGAACAGCAAAGUACCAAGUACCAAGAUGCAGAUGUUCUGAAAAAAUCCAACCUGUGUGACAGUAAAGCUGGUAGCGCGUGCUCUGCAUCAGAUUCCACCAGAAGCAGAAAAAGUCAUGCCAGUAGUAAUUCUAAGGAAUCAACUAGCAGUAAGCAUCAAAAACACUCUUCAAAAAGAAACCUUCCAAAAGGGACAAGCAGAGCUCCACUCGAUGAUUUAGGCAAUCAGGAUAGACACAAAACUUCAGUUUUCUUUGAUGCUAGUGUAGAAUGAGGAGUCUCUGGUAACUUUUAGCAAACAGUGGGUAAACUUAGAGAUACCAAGCCAAAAAUAUGAAAAAGUAAAGCAACACUAAUACAUUGAUUAAACACCAAUUAAUUUAUGUCAUUUUAUUAUGGAAAAUGGUGCCUUUAGCUGCAGAAACAAUUCAGAAAUACAAUACAGAGAUGAAUGGAGCCUAAAAUCCCCAGAUAUAUAGUCUUGUAAAACUGUUGGUAAAAGUUAUUCUUUUGUGUUUUGUGAAUAGUGUUUGCAAUAAAAAGAUGUUUUAAAUGGAUAUUCCCAUCUCAACUAACAGAAUUGAACUUGUAGGGUACAUCUAUCUAUCUGUCUAAUCUAUCUAUCAUGCCCCACACCUCUAGAUUGAAGUGGGGGUCUGUAACCCAGGAAACAAGCUGUUAACAAGAGAAAGAAAGCAGCAGGAAUAUCAAGAUAGGGAGACAAAUUUGAAAAUUAAUGAAUUUGCUAAAAUUUUGAUCUUGACAUGCCCUACAGGUCUACCUACAUUAAUUGAUACACUUAGGGUAGGGUCACACAUAGAGUAUACACAGUGUUUUUCACGCUAUGCAUCGGGAAAUAGGCUGCAUGUUCUCCUUUAAGCAGCCAGCACUGGUCCUGUAUGCACAGAGGUUUGGAUGCGGGCCCAUGCAUCAGUCAUGUCGGCAUGCUGGCCCCGCCUCCAAGUGUCACUGCACACCCAGGGCUUCUGUGGGGAGUCCCUGUGUGUUUGCUCAUAGGAGGAUACACAGCAGAGUGUAUUUCCUGCUGCGCAGCUGAUUUUGCAAAGUGUUUAAUACGCUGUAUAUAGGCAGUGUGUGGCACUACCCUGUGUCAAAAGCAAUCAGAUGAGCAAUAAAUACUUUUAUAUAUUGUUAGCUUUACGUUGUGCAUAUAUUUGUUUGUCAUUAUAUUUUAUAUUUAUGACAUGUAAAAAAAUCAUUUAGUAACCAAAUAAAGUUUUUUAAUGGUUUUAUAAUUAAAUAAAAUCUACUAUAUUGAAUUGCAUUGUUAAACGAUUGUAAAAGAAGAAA